AUGGCUUCUCCCUUUGCACAAAAAUGGGCCCGGUUCAUUCCAAUGAUCGGGUACCACCAUGUAUUGAUGAUCAUCAUCGCUGUUGCGAUUAUCUUAUUAUCACUCCUGUUGGCUGGCUGUUCUUCAUCAUCCCCACAGAUCCCUGACAUCUUCCUUAUCUCUCUAUACUAUGAAAAGUACACGCCGACACGCGACUUUGCACAAGUUUCACCAGAUGUCGCUCAGCCCAUCUCCAUGCUCGUUGGCGGUGCAGAGAUGGAAGUCCGGGUAGGAUUUUUCGGUAUCUGUGUGCAGCCUUCUGGGGGCUCUUUCAUCUGCAAUGCGAAUGCCACGGCGCUGGCUGAGAUCGUCACUCAGGACCAAGAUCCGCUGAACCUUAUUUGGGUUGCCUCGACGUUCAAAGACGCCGUUGUGUUCCCGUACCUCUUAAUUGUCGCUGUGAUCCUCGCCUUCUUCUGUUUCAUCGUUCUGGCAACAUUCCCCGGCUGGCACGAGGAGGUCUUGGACGAUGGAUCAGAGCGUGAAGUCAAGCCAUUCCCCUCACGGCCCGUGUCGCAAGCUGGGCUAGCCCUAAUCUUUGUCGCCUCGGUGUUCGUCCUCGUGUCUGUACUGUGGCAACACACAGCAUCUGUCGCUGCCAGUACGAUAGCCCAAGACAUGGGCAAUGGAAGUGUAAAGAGCGGGGUCGGCUCGUCUGCGAUGUUACUUGGCUGGUUUGGCUUUGUCAUGCUCGUCAUAGUCACUAUUGGUCUGCUGGUCAUGUGUUUGAGUCUCAGCUUGAUACGCCAGUUGACUGAUGACGACGAAUGA